CAUCGAUCAUCAUCCCCGAUGCCAAGAUUUCUGGAGAUGUGGGGAAGUCGAUGCUCCAGAAACCUGGGGGUGUUCUGGGUGCAGGCCUGUGCUCUGAUCUGUGCCUGCACGAGGUCUGUACUCGCCUCUCCCUCUCCUCUUGACUGUACGACGCAUAGUACUAGAAAGUAGAUAGUUAUGUUUUAGCAGGUGCGAAAGAUUCAUUUGAAAUCAUUAUUCAAGAUAUAUACUUACUGCUUCGCAAUCCCUACAUGUGUAUGCGGGAUCCCGCCAUCUUUCUCUACCUCGUUUAGGCAUACUGCAUGUAUCUUGAAGAACGCCGCACAAAUAAAGUGGCGCGACUUUGUUUAUGUAAUUUGUAGGUAGGUUCACCAAUAUAGCCGAACCAAUCAGAAAAGACUGUGCAUUGACAGUAUCCUAUUAAUCGCAUUAUGCAAUUAGAAGAAAGCAGUCUUUAUUUUGCCUCCCGGAAGGGAUCUGUUCAUCAUCUUGGAGUUUACCACUCCCAGGAACAAUGCAACAUUAUAAAAAGUGUUAAUUGCACCGUGCUAUGUUUAUUUUUGUUAACAGAGAGGUAGCUGGRCUGCGUGGGAAACAUUAUUAUAGACAACGGCAAGGAAACCCAAUUUCGUGUGCAAUCUUGAAUUAAAUGCAUCAAUACUGCUAAACUAUGUACGCGUAAAUUAUCUGAUCAUUAUGAUUAUUGACUGACGCUUUGUUUAUUAUUUGUACGAGAGUGCCAUGAAAGACUAGUUUGCAAUUUGCAGUCCCAAUUUUGGGUGGAGACCGGUUUCAUUUACUUAGACUUCAUCUUUGGUCAACUUAUUAAGUCAUUAGUUUGUAAUCGAUCUUUGACUGACUUUUAUGUGACAUAACAAUGAACUUAUGUUUAUAAGCCAGUGUUUUUUCUGGUCAGCGGCACCCAUAACAACAAGAAGUAAGUCGAAGAAUGAACAAAGCUGAGCAAAGUACAACUUUUGCUGGUGUGAAAUGUUAAUAUUUUUCAAUGAAAAUAUAAGUUAAUACACGACUGAGGCGGGAAAUUCAAGUUCUAUUUGUAAGAUGACCUGUUCAAACGCAGCAUUUGCCGCCGAAAAGCGAUGGCGGAGUGUUCUCUGUCCGAUGCUUUUCGGCCCAUUCAAGUGCAUGGUGCUUCUCUUGAUCCAGAUAAGCAAUGGUUCUUC